AAAAAAAAACACUACUCCAAAUUAAGUUAAUCUGUAGUCUUAACAGCAGUAAAGGCGAACAACAGUCUAUCUAAAAUUGGCGCAUCUUUCUCUCCCAACUCUAUUGCUACCCUCUCUUCAAUACGUCGUCGUUUGAUUAGGAAUACGCUGGCAUAAAUACGGUUCACAUCAGAAUGGGGAUAUGCUUCUCUAGGAGUCAGAACGAUGGAGAUGACUCUGAUCAUCAUGCUGAAUUUGCUGGAGGUAAUGUGACUCUUGUCACCACCAAGGAUGCUUGGGAUCAAAAGUUAUCAGAAGCAAAGAAGGAACACAAAAUAGUGGUUGCCAACUUCAGUGCAUCAUGGUGCGGCCCUUGUAGAAUGAUCGCACCAUACUACAUUGAGCUAUCUGAGAAACACCCUUCUCUUAUGUUUCUAUCUGUAGAUGUUGAUGAAUUAACAGAUUUUAGUACACAAUGGGAUAUAAAAGCUACUCCAACGUUCUUCUUCCUUAGAGACGGAAAUCAAAUUGAUAAGCUUGUUGGCGCCAACAAGCCUGAGCUGCUGAAAAAGAUAAAUGGAAUUGUGGAUUCAGAACCCCGCCACCAUACAUAACCCCCUCAUGGUGUUCACAUGCCAAAACCUGUAUGGAGUAGGGCAUUGGUACAUAACGAAACCUCGAGUAUUCUGUCUUUCUUUUUCUUUUCUUUUUUUAUUUUCUAUAUUUGUAGCUUUGUGAAUGCAUUUUGUUUAUGCAACAUAUGAUCUUCUGUCAUGUUUAAGCUGACAAACACAAUAUAAGUGCUCUAUUACUCUACAUAAUGGGAUUCAUUUGUUGCAUAUUUCAUUGAAUCUAAUUAUCAGUUGGUCUUUAA